AUGAGUAGUGAUGAUGAAGCGCCUGAAGGAGAAAAUUUUCAAUGUGAACAUAUUAUUACGGAAAGUCAUGAACAAACAAUUUAUGGUAUUAGUAUUUGUCAACAAGCUUUAGCAGGUGAAAGUGAAGACGCAUUUUUAUUUGCUACAUGCGCUAUAAAUCAAAUUUGUGUUUAUAAAUAUACGGUCAUCGAUGGUAAAUCAUCCGUUAAACUUAUUCAAAGUUAUUGUGAUUCAGAUGAUAAAGAAUAUUUUUAUGAUUGUAAAUGGACAACAUUUGGAAAUACAACAAUAUUAGCAGCUGGUGGAUUACGUGGUGUUGUAAGAAUUAUUGAUAUUGCUCAUCAAUGUCAUUUGAAACCGCUUCGUCAUUUAGGUAGUGUUAAUCAAAUUGCAUUUGCUGGUGGGCACCCAACAUUAAUGGCUGCUGCAUGUUCUAAUUAUGCAGUUCUUUUAUGGGAUGCUGAAGCAGCUCUUUGUUUAGCUAAUUAUGUUGGACCUGAUCAGCAUAAACAAGGAGUUCUUACUGUGGAUAUCAAUUACAAUGGUACAUUUAUUGUAUCCGGUGGUUUAGAUAAUAUUGUGUGUGUAUGGUCGACACAAUAUAAAGAGAUAAUGGAAAAUAUGGCUAUCGCCAAAAAAGGACCUUUGUUUAAAGAAUUUAGACUAUCCGCACCACAUCAUGUCUAUUUUCCAGUAUUUCAUUCAAAUACUAUUCAUGAGCAUUAUGUAGAUUCGAUCAAAUGGUUUAGUGACGAUAUUAUUGUCAGUAAGUCGGCUGACCAUGUUUAUUGCAUUUGGAAAUUUGAUGUCGGACAAAAAGAACCACAUAUUUUAUUUCGAUGGCAUCGAACACAAAAAUCCGAUAUUGUAUUCGAUGUUCGACUUGGUUUAUCAGUCACUCGAAAGCUAAUGGCAAUCGGCCGUCUCGAUGGUUCAAUUUUUAUUUGGAAUAUGACAAAACUUCCGGAUCAACCGAAUAUAUUAACACAUCCUGAAUCCAAAUUGAUGAUACGACAUCUCUCGUUUACACAUAAUGGUCAUACAUUAAUUGGCUCUAAUGAAAAGGGUCAUAUUUUUAUAUGGACUUCAGCAUUAUCUUAG